AUGCUCACUAGAUUGCAUUACGGCGGCGCGCGCGCGCGCAUUGCACGACCACGCGGUGCACGCGCGCUCAACUCCGCGCGCAAAUGGUGCUGGCGAGCGACAGUGUCGACGAGGAGGCGGCGCUGCGCAAGAAAGUGUCUGCGCUCGUCGACGCCCUCACCGAAGAGGAGAUCCUGCGCCAGUAACACGUUUUGCAGGCUGAGCCAGGGACGAAUUGAAGUAUUUCCCGCCUUGGGCGUGGUUCUCUCUCACGUAUGUGUUGUUUCGAAGGGCCUCGCGAGUGUGUUAAUGCCUAGUGUAUGGAGUAACGGGCACUGUGCGAUAUCGCGGAGGAGAUGCACUGUAGCAAAGGGCCAGUGGUUUGCGGCAGGAGCAAGGCGUGGUGAAGAAGUUGAGCAGGAGCACGUGUUGGUGGUGAUAGGAAGAUUCGCAGUGCUGGGGCGGCCGGAGUACGAGCGCGCGCGCUCCAAGGAGGUGCGCACCGACGACCUGCGGCCGCGCCUGCUACAUCCCUCGGUGAGCGCCCCUGGCAAAGGCAGGCUGCGUACCUUGGAGCACGUUUCUUGCAAGAAGUAG